AUGAUACACCAACGUCGUAGCCUGCGCUUGCUGUCUUCUCAAUGGCGUGUUGCUACGUUAAGCACUAUUGUCGCUGAUAGCUUUCCCCUGGUAGUAGGAGAACUUACUAAGCUUGCUGCAGGAGACAUCCCGGCUGUGGGUGUGGAGGCGCAGAUAACACGCACCUUCUCUCUCAAAGACACUUGCGCCUUUGCUAGAAUCUCAGGUGAUAACAACCCGCUGCAUAUGGACGCUGAUUUUGCUCUUAAACACACGUCCAAGAGCAAGCCCAUAGUACAGGGUCUUUUGUCCGCCAGUCUCUUCGCUACGAUCUUUGGUUGCACUGUGCCAGGUGCAGUGUACGUAAAGCAAAGUCUGCGGUGGAGAGUACCGCUGUUGGUGGAUGAAAAGGUGAUAGCUUGCAUUCGUGUGACCAAGGUCCGCAAGCGCUUUGUCGAGUGCGAGACCAUUUGCACGAAGGCAAGCGAUGGCGUCGUCGUCGUCGACGGCUAUGCUACAUUGAUGCUGCCGUCUCCAUCAAAUUGA